AUGUGGGAACCGGUUACUCUCCCAUUCAAAAACAAUUCUCAGCCUCUACCUGCUCUCCCCACUCCAGACGAAAUCAGGGCAUGCGCCAAUGUUAUAUGGGAGCGCUCAGCCGCCAAGGUUGUUGCAGUGAACAAUGAGAUUGUUGUCAAAUUCGGCAGCUGCGUAGAGACCUGGGAAGGGCAGGCUUUGGUUUAUCUUGAACGACAUGCCCCUAAGAUCCCAGCCCCUCGAUUUGAAGCUGCCUUUAUUGCUGGGCUCACAGCAAACUAUCGAGCCUCAAGCGAACGCAGAGGUUGCCCAGACUAUAAAGCCCGCUUCUAUGAAACCUGCCUUCCUCGUGUACUUCAAGGUCACCGGCCCACACUGACGCACGGGGAUAUCCAGCAAAAGAACAUUGUGGUCGCAGAAAAUGGCCGAAAUAACCAAGGGGAGCGAUCUUUUGACAUCACCCUUGUGGAUUGGGAAGCUGCUGGCUGGUGCCCUGAUUUUUGGGAAUUCUUUUGUGCCUCAUGUGCACCCCCAUUUCUAUCCUGGGAGGAGGACUGGUGCUGGCGAAUCCACGAAUUCCUUCAAAUAUGGCCUGCCGAGAUGGCUUUAUUGCGGAUGAUGGACAAAGAUUGGUUAUAA